UGUCCACGGGCUGCCGCCAGUCAGAGGCUGCACGGUCCGCGAUGGGCUCCUCUCGGGCACCCCAAGCAGGGCGCGUGGGAGGGCAUGGGGUGACGGUCCUGCUGCUGGUUGGUCUCCUCCUGCCAGGGACCUUGGCUAAGAGCAUCGGGACCCUUGCAGGCCCCUGCAAGGACCCCACACGGAUCACCUCGCCCAAUGACCCUUGUUUCCUUGUGACGGGUGACUCCAGUGGCAGCAGCCACGGGGGCUCCAGCGGAGGUGGUGGCGGCUCCAGUGGCGGCAGCGUCAGUGGAAGCAGCCACGGGGGCUCCAGCAGCAGCUUUAGCAGCUCCACUUCCAGUUCUGGCAGCCACAGCGUCUCCCAGGGCGGCUCUUCAGGAACUGUGCUGUUCAGGCCGGGACCGGGCUCUUCCCAGCUCAGCUACUCCUCCGGGUCGGGCUCCAGCUUCAGCUCGCAGAGCUCCUCCAGCUCUUCGCAGUCAGGGGCCAACCGGGGAGGGCCGGGCAACGGCUCGGCCCUGCCGACCGACGACAACUCCGCCUCGGCCUCGCACUCCUCGGCGGGCUCCUCGCAGUCGCAGUCGCAGUCGCAGGCCUCAGGGGGCUCGCACUCCUUCCAGACCUCUGGGUCUUGGGGCGGCGGCGGCAGCUCCAGCCUGCGCCCCUGCAGCGCCGACGUCCCCGACUCCCCCUGCAGCGGGGGGCCCGUGGUCUCGCACUCCGGCUCCUACAUCUCCGGCUCGCACUCGGUGUCGGGCGGGAAGCGGCCUGUGGUGGUGGUGGUGGAGCAGCACGGCUCCGGGGGCCCCGGGGCGGUCCAAGGCUUCCCCUGCAGCAACGGCGGCCCCGCGGGCAAGCCCUGCCCCCCGAUCGCCUCGGUGCAGCAGCCCUACGGCGGCUACGAGGUGGUGGGCGGCUCCUCCAGCAGCUACCUGGUCCCAGGCAUGACCUACAGCGGGGGCAAGAUCUACCCGGUGGGCUACUUCACCAAGGACAGCCCGGCGAGAGGCGGCCCCGCGGCGCCCGCUCUGGCGGCCGGGGCCCCGGUCUCCGAGGGCAAGUACUUCUCCGGCAACCCCAUCGUGCCCAGCCGCACGGCCGCCGGCGCCUACCAGUCGGGGGUGCCCCCCGCCAUCGCCUUCCAGCCGGUGGGCUCCGGCGGGGUCCAGCCCUGCGCGGGCAGCGCCCAGGGCGCCAGGGGGCCCGCGGGCGGCGGCCCCGACGGCUCCCCGCUGCCUGACCCCGCCGCGGGCGCCCGGCCGUGCGGGCUCGGCGUCCCGGGAAGGGGUCCCUGCCGCUCGAUCCGCGACAUCCUGGCCCAGAUCCACCCGCUCGGGCCUCAGCUGGCCGACCCCGCGGUCUUCCGGCCGCAGGGGGAGCCGCCCGCCAGUCCCUGACCCGGCGCCUCGGUUGCGCGCGCACGGGGGCUCCCCGCUGCCCCUAGGCGGGGUCCCCGGUCACCCUCGGUCCCCACGUCCCCACGCGGAGGCCGGAGCCCUUCUCCCCCACCGCCGGCUCGGCUCUGGGAUGACAGAGACAGCGCUGGCGAGGGCGCCCGCCCCGGAGCUCGGCGGGUACCCCGAAACGCUCCCGGCCCCCGAGGCCCCUGCGUCAUCCCUGACUCCCCUCUGUCAAGUAGAGCGAAGUCGGUGCCAUUCCCCAAACCACGCCCAGGGGCCGGGAGCUCGGCGCCCGCGGGCCACUGCGUGAGGGGCGCGACAGGACCCGAGUGUCGCGGGUGUGGGCGAGACGGGAGCAGCUGCCUGCGCCCUCCGGACGCAGCUCAAUAAACCGCUGGAACGCGA